CAGGCCUCUUCCACCUACUUUUGCACCACGCGUCUCAAUCUCAACACCAACCACCAUCCUCAACUUGAGAUCGAACGGCCAAUAGUACGGCAUGCGCACUGAUAUCACUGGUCUCAAAAAAAAACCUUGAACCCAAUUCUAACUAUUUUGCUGUCAGAAUCUAGAAAAGGCAACUCUUCGCCAAGUUUCCAAGUUUAGUUCUCGGUCUAGGAACCGAAUCGUUCGCUUGCCCGCGUUCCUUCACCUCUCACCUCAACUUCACCACCUACAACCACAAGCGCAAAUAUCACUUGGCGCAAAUAACCAAAGGGGUCGUUUUUGUUCCUGGCCACAACAACCAAAGUGUCGUCCUUAAAGAGUCGUUGUCCAUCAUGACUACCACCGAGACUAACGGAUCUGGUCAAGAGGCUUCCCAUUCGGCUGCUGGCAUCAGUGCAGAUGAGAUCGCCCUCUAUGACCGGCAAAUUCGACUCUGGGGCAUGAAAGCCCAAGAAAAGAUCCGCUCUGCCAACAUCCUUCUCAUCACCAUGAAAGCCCUCGCCAACGAGAUCGCCAAGAACCUCGUCCUGGCAGGUAUCGGCUCCCUGACCAUCAACGACCACGCCGUCGUCUCCGAAGCCGACCUGGGCGCGCAAUUCUUCCUGUCCGCCGAGGACGGGCACCUCGGCCAGAACCGCGCCAUUGCCGCCAGCGCCUCCCUCCAGCGUCUCAACCCGCGCGUUAAAGUCAUUGUCGACACGGACGACAUCCGGACCAAGCAUUCGUCCUUCUACUCGUCGUUCGACAUCAUCAUCGCCACCGACCUCGACGCCGACACCCUCAACGUCAUCAACACCGCCACCCGCAUCCACGGCCGCAAGUUCUACGCCGCCGGCUCGCACGGUCUCUACGGCUUCCUCUUCGCCGACCUGAUCGAGCACGACUUUAUUAUCGAGCGCCAGCGCUCCAACCUCUCCACCACCUUGGGUCCAGAGACCAAAACCCGCUCCAUCGUCUCCGUCGCGCCCAAAGAACCCGACAACAAGGACUCCGACAUCGAGCUCGUCACCAAACGCGAACUCUACUCCACCUGGCUCCUCGCCUCCUCCGACGCCUCCCUCCUCCCCCAAGACAUCCUCUCCUCCCCGCGCCGCAAACGCGCCGUCACCCCUAUCCUCAGCUGUCUGCGUGCCCUCUGGCAGUUCACCUCCACUUUCGGCGUCCCGCCCACCGGGCCCGAACUCUUGACCAACCACACCGCUCUCGCGGCCUUUACGCAAAUGUGCAGCGACAAGCACAAAGCCCUCGGCCUGCCCGCGGAGACGUUGCGGGCCGAGUUGUUGCGAUCGUUCCUGCAGAACGUGGGCGCCGAGCUGGCUCCCGUGGCGGCGGUGUUGGGCGGGCAGCUGGCGCAGGACGUGAUCAACGUUCUGGGACAGACGCAGCAGCCGAUUCAGAACUUUGUGGUGUUUAGUGGGGAGAGCAUGGAGGCGAAUGUGUAUGCGUUGCAUCCCCGCGAGGGAGAGCUCGGCAGAGGACUGUUGCCGGUGACGAUGGGGGUGAUUGAAGCUGCGGCGGAGGUGUUGGAGAAGGAAGGACAGACGACGGAUUUGAUGGGGUUGGGUGGACAGCAUCUCGGGGGCGGCCAGCAGCAGCAGCAGCAGCAGCAGCAGCCUUCGUCUCAGAUGGAGGGUGUCGAGCAACAGCAGCAGCAACAGCAGCAGCAACAGCAGCAGCAGCAGCACGCUAAUGGUGUAUCAACUGAACAAUUCACGGGCGCUGGACAGCAGCAAGAGCAGCAAGGCUCUGGUGCCGGUAACGCCUGACUUUCUCUUCACUUAUCAAGUCGAUUAGGUAUUCGCAUUACUGGCUCACUCCCCCCCCCCCCCCCCCCUUUUUUUUUUGUGGCUUGGCUUGGAUCCUAUCUGGGGUGUGCUUGGGAAUCUAGAACGAUGCGAUGCAGGGCGUUCGUGUGGUAAACUGUAAUUCAAUGGCUUGCGGACAAACGAGAGAAUACAUGUAUGAUGAAUGUAGCAACAACUUUUUAGACAGACAGACAGACUCAUGUUUUCUGUGGAUGAAGGGUCACAUAUCUGGCUGGUUAGGAUGACUAGUAGCUAGACUGGCGAAAAUAUGAACUUGGGUGUUUAAAAAAU